AGCCAGGGCAGCCAGGGCAGCCAGGGUAGCCAGGGUAGCCAUGGCAGCCAGGUAAGCCAGAGCAGCCAUGGCAGCCAGGUGAUCCAGGUCCAGGGCGACACGGACCAGGUCGGGGUGGUGUCUGCCCCAGAGGAGCUGAACGAGUCCCCUAGAACGCCCCAUUUCGGGCCCCUGGAACAGAUGUCGGCCCUCCUGGUGACGUCCCUGCAGGGUGGAGACUCCUUCUUCGUGUUUGUUUUCUACUGCGUACACCAAAAGUUUCUCACCACUCAGCAUGUGCUGGACCUGCUGUUCAAGCGAUACACAUCCUUCAGGCCCGACUCUGAAGAGGAUGAACGAGUAAAAUACACCAUCUGUACCCUCCUGGACUACUGGAUCGACAAGUUCCCUGAGGAGUUUUGCAGGAUCGAACACCUGCCCAUUCUGAAGCGGGUGAAGGAUUACUUGAGCGUGAACAUGCCCUCCUCAGACCUUCUGGUGCGUGUCCGGUCUCUCCAGGAAAACUUGCUGUCACAAGUGGCCAGCGAUUCAGGGGCCAGCGAUGAGGAAGCCUCAGGGUCCACGGCCACCUCCCCUCCUAGGGACGCCGGCAUGAGCAGCACACCUGUGUGCAUUCUUAGGCCCGGGCAGCGGCGCCUCCGCAGAUCCAGUGCUCCCAGUGUGUUGACCAGCAAUGACGACGGCUACUCUGGAGCCAGAAGCAGCCUGUGCACUGGAGCCGGAGAGCACAAAACCGACACAAGGUUCUGUGACCCGUGUGCAGCUGGGGCCACAUGUGGCAGCAGCAGCGGGCUCAUCGCCACCCAUUGAAGCUGCCGGUGUUAUAUCUCUGGCCGUGAUGGCAGACACGGUACCACAUUCAUCAUCUUGCUUGGGCCGCAGUGGUCUGCCUCCCCAGGGAAUGGCCCGGCCACCCCUUCCUCCUCUGGUCGUCCGCAUGUAUCCGCCCUGCAGACAGCACAGCUUCUGCUGUUUCCCCACAGAACGACUCCCCGAUUGCAACCCAGCAGCCUUGCCAGCCCCACAGCCAGACUCACCCUCCCCUGGCUAGCAGCCUUUUGACUCUUUUCAAUGUUGUGUUAGUUUAGUCCGAGGAUUGGUUUGAAUAAAUUGCUCUUGUUUGUGUUU